AUGUCAAAAGUCAGCGAACACAUUUCAGCGCGUAAUGAAAUUUGUGCAAAUCACGAAGCAUUUAAAUUAGAACUUAUUGUCUAUGAACACGAAAGCAAACACUUGGAGAGCUAUGUGAUCGAAAUGCUGCCAAUAUCACUAGACUUGAUUCAGACAUCAGAUCAAUAUUUAUUGGAAUACGAGCAGCAGCUUCGAUCGGCUCUGUACAAAUUGGCAGAACGCUGUAAAAAGUUGCCCAAACUGCCACACGAUUCCAAGUUUAAACUGCAAAUUCACACCACACAGAUCGCCUUUCAACGUCUGAGUCAUGAUGUGCAUUAUCAGGAGUUUCCCUGGUUGCAGACGGAAGUAGAGCACAAAGAAGAUGCUUCCCAGAAAUUUAGCAUUUUGCCGCUGGCAAGAAUCAACAUGGUGGGACUAAAAAUGCAGGCGCAAUUCUAUAAAUUUUAGGCAU